AACGCCGGCUUUGCGCUUUAGUGUGGACGGAAAACAUUUUGAAAGAACGAUGACGUUACGAUAAUCUCUGAUUAAUGAUUGAUUUCCCUGCGCGUGUUUUCCUCAAACACAGAUCUAAAAUGACCGGUGAUUGUUACGUUUUCAAAUUUCUCCGCCGUAGUGUGGACGAAACACAUUUGAUGCAUUUCAAGAGUGAAAACGCGGUUUUCAAAUUUGUCCAGCGUAGUGUGGAGGGGGUCUGAGAGACUUUCAUUAUGGCACUGACGGGGAGGCUCUCGUCGUACCUCCAGGGGUUGAAAGUCACAUACCACCCGACCCCUCCGCCCUCCCAACUCUAGAUGGCUUGGGAUUACGCGCAAUCACUUUUGCCCUCGUCACUAUAGCCUGCAAAGGAGUAUUCCUGGUAGCUGAGCAGGCCCCAUUUGUGUUGGCAACACUAUUCAGUAUUCAUGUCUGGACACGAGAAAAUAGAAACGAUUUUCCGUAGAAAAACGAAGCGUAGGGCCAGUAAUAAGCAAAAGCUCCUUUUAGAUUUGAAAUUCAAACAUGACAAACGCUUCAAACUAUCUCAUCCCGAAGUAGCUCUACUUUGUUUCCGUACGCAGAAUAUCUAAUUGCACAUAACUAUAGAACAGGAGAAAAAAAGGCCGCUUGUGGCGAGGUGCAGCUCGAUAGUUGUCGGCAGGUCUGUACUUCAACAAAAGCUUAAACAUCAUACUCGUUAUUCCUAUUUUCCCGGGUACAUCUUGCAACAAGUAAAAUCUAUAUAACAGAAAAGAUUCACCUUUUGAAUCGUAAACGGCAGUCUGAUUCAACAUCGCUUAAAUUCGACUAUAAUACAACCUGCUGUAGCCCUUUCUUAUUCAUUAAAAACCCGCCACGUCCGCCAUAUGAUUAUUUUAACCAAUCAGUGUCUUCGUGUGAAUGGACCAACCAGCAAGGGUAUUAGUUCAGCCUUGGCCAGGUUAGCGGAGAAGGCCCUGGGACGAGGUUGGUUUUCACUCUGAAAUUUACAACAUGGCGGUAGCCUCUAGAAAUCGGCUACCUUUUGGUUAUGACGAGGACUUUGUGGAUGCAGUUGAAGAUGAGAUUGUCUGUUUGAUAUGUCAUUUGCCGUUUAAGAAGCCUGUUCAAACGGGAUGCGGCCACAGGUUUUGUGAAGAAUGCCUCGAGGAAUAUUUUAGAAGGCGAGUCGGCGAACCUUUAACUUGUCCCGCGGAUUGGCAGACCUUGAACCGUGAGGAUAUCUUUCCAGACAAAGCAACGGAGCGGAAGGUUCUAUCGUUAAACAUAAGAUGUCCAAGUGAUGGUUGUGAGUGGACUGGUGAAUUAAGAUAUAAAGAGACUCACUUGGCAUCCUGCCCUUUUAGAGAUGUUAAAUGGAGGUAACAGUAAACCGAUGAGAGCACCGCUUAAAUAGAUUGUAAAACUUUACCUAAAUACAAUUUGAGCUGACUGACCUUGAAACCAGCCAGUGUGCACUCAACAAACCUUCAAAUUGGCUUCUUAAUAAAUUAAGGAAUUAUCAUGAUAAGUUCUUCUUCGUUGGCUUGGCGUUAAUUGUGUGUUUUCCUACAAAUCAUUGAUUAAAUCUAACAGGACAAUGAAAAAUUACUUGAGCUUUCGUCCUAUGCGCGCGUGCAAUCGUAAAAUUAUAGGAAGCCGCCUUAAUACAGGUUUCACUGUAGCUAGAGAACUUUUUUUCUCGCGCUUACGCUCAGUGCAUUCAGCUUCCUUAGUGCUGACGAGGAAUGUGAAAUUUGAUAGCAUCAGCUUCCGUCUUAUUUAAUUUUGUGUGAUCUCUUUUGGUUUCCUCUUUUUUUAUUUUUGAGGCAUGUUAUGGGCUAUCGAUUGUUAUCCUUUCAACAAAAUAGCGAAGAAAAAUUUGGCGCAGAUCUGAUUAUACUGUGCGGAGUUCGUGGUAGACCUUAAGCCAUACCUGUUACUAACCGAGUUCGAGGUCCGUAUUGUGAGUGACGGACCGAGUUUUCCCCCCUCCGAUUUAUGGCCCAAGCGCAAAGCGGCGUUAUUUCUCAUUUAUGUUGUGACUAGACCUAUUGAGUAGCUUUCUAUGUAGCUUAGAAUCAGUCACUUUAGACACUUUAAUAAAGUCUUACUAACUCUUACUUACUUACU